AUGGCGGAAUCGGCGAAGCAUAUUUCCCCGAGCGAGGUGGACGCGCUGGAGCUCGAUAAGAUUUCGGCCCUAGGCGAGGGCGCCUUUGGCUACGUCGACCUCGUCCCCUACAACGACCAGAAGUGCGCGCUCAAGAUCGGGCUGGUGAAGGAGGUCCUCCCCAGUUUCGAGAACGAGCGCGAGAUGAUGGAGAAAGUCGCAGGCGCUGGCGGGGCCCCUCGAGUCCUGGCCUUCUGCCCGGAAACCCCGGCUCUCGUCAUGACGUUCUGUGGCGGGAAGGACCUCAUCGACAUCGUGGAGAAGCGGCUCUUCCGUGACGAGCGGGAUCUCCUGACGAUCGCCCUCCAGCUGACCCAAGCCGUCCAGGAGCUGCACCAGAAGGGCGUCGUCCACUGCGACUUGAAGCCCGAUAACGUCGUCGUGGAGAUGGACGGCGAAGAGCGACCUCAGACGGUGCAUGUGAUUGACUUCGGCCUCGCACGCCCCCUCGGUGGCAAGCAGAGGCCGAAGAAGACUCGCUUCCCCAAGGAAUGGUACUGCAGGUGCUACUACUCGGGAGACGAACUCAGCCCCAAGUGCGACAUGCCAGGGCUUGGCUACACCGUCUGCUACCUGCUGUAG